UGGAGCAUCACAAUCUUGGGCGAGAUUUUUGACGCAGCUUCUUCUUUCUCCUUAUCCGAAAACUCCGAAAGAAUUGGGGGACGAGGAGAAUCGGGGAAGCGGCAGCGCUAAAGCAGACAUUUGCAUGGCGCGCCCUCGAACCUUGUACCUCCUCGCCUACAACGUUGUCCAAACAUGUGGAUGGACGCUUUCUCUCUCUUGGAUUCUGGCGAAUACUGCACUCACCAAGAGUCUGGAUGGCGCUUAUUCUUCUGCAGCAUCAUUAAUCGGUUUCUUGCAGCUUCUUGCUGUAAUGGAGGUACUGCAUGCACUGACAGGUCUGACUCCUGGUUCGGUGACGCCUGCUCUGUUGCAAUGGGGUGGAAGGACUCAUUUCUUGUUCGCAAUCGUUCGCCGAAUUCCCGAGGUUCAAGAACUUCCCUCAGUUUUUAUUACAUUCACGGCAUGGAGCAUAUCUGAGGUAAUUAGAUAUUCCCAUUAUGCUAUGAGUUGUAUAGAUCUUUGUCCAUCUUGGCUCAUUUACCUAAGGUAUACAGCUUUUAUUGCACUAUACCCCAUUGGGGUUUUCCCUGGAGAAAUGUGGCUUAUGUAUCAAGCACUUCCACUGAUAAAGGGGGAGCACCUGUAUGAGGCCUUCUUUAGCAGCUUCCCGUUCAGUUACUAUGCCUUUGUUGUGGCCUUGUUGGUUUGUUACCCAUUUUUGUGGUUCAACCUAUACAUGUACUUAUUUAGACAACGACAUUCUAGACUGCGCAAAACUCGGCGUGGUAGAAAGGAAGAGUAAACCACUUGGCACACCUUUCUGCAUAUGCCGUCACCGUCACUCCGUUCUCUUGUUCAAGCUUAAACUGAGAGACAAUUUUUCAGCAACUAGUGUGGUGACAUUAGACGAAGCAGCUCUGUGCUUGCAGGGAAUGCUAAUAUCUCAUGUAUACAAGUUUGGCAGAAACUGUCUGCUGCUCGUGCACACCUUAGAUGCGGCAGCUCUAUGCUUGCAGGAAAUGCUAAUAUUAGAUGUAAGCAGUUCGGCGGAACUAUCUGCUGCUGGUGCACAUGAAAAUUGCAUCUUAGUCUCACAGUCAGCAAUAAGUUUGGUUUGUCUUA